AUGGUGGUUUUUAAGGUUGCCCGCGUGGACACGACCCCGAUCGAUGGACAGAAACCUGGGACUUCUGGUCUUAGGAAAAAGGUUAAGGUAUUUAAGCAACCACAUUACCUGCAAAACUUUGUCCAAUCCACGUUUAAUGCACUUGGAGCUGAUAAAGUCAGAGGUGCUACACUUGUGGUUUCUGGUGAUGGCCGUUACUACUCAAAGGACGCCAUUCAGAUUAUUAUUAAGAUGGCUGCUGCAAAUGGAGUGAGGCGUAUCUGGGUUGGUCAGAAUGGAUUGCUGUCUACUCCUGCUGUAUCGGCUGUUAUACGAGAAAGAACUGGAGCAGAUGGAUCCAAGGCUAAUGGUGCAUUUAUACUCACAGCGAGCCACAACCCAGGAGGUCCGCAUGAGGAUUUUGGCAUCAAAUACAACAUGGAAAAUGGUGGACCUGCACCAGAAGGAAUCACUGACAAGAUCUAUUCCAACACGACCACAAUAAAGGAAUAUUAUAUUGCAGAAGGCUUGCCAGAUGUAGAUAUCUCCACAAUAGGCAUAACAAGCUUUGCGGGACCUGAGGGGCAAUUUGAUGUGGACGUCUUUGAUUCAGCAAGUGACUAUGUUAAACUCAUGAAGACCAUAUUUGAUUUUCAAUCUAUCCGGAAGUUACUGUCAUCACCAAAAUUUACCUUCUGUUAUGAUGCCCUUCAUGGAGUUGCUGGGGCUUAUGCGAAACGUAUAUUUGUAGAGGAGCUAGGUGCCAAAGGAAGCUCUUUACUGAAUUGUGUUCCCAAGGAAGAUUUUGGUGGAGGGCAUCCUGAUCCUAACCUUACAUACGCAAAAGAAUUAGUUACCUGUAUGGGACUGGGUAAGACGAACUCAGGGGAGGAGCCACCAGAAUUCGGUGCUGCUGCUGAUGGAGAUGCUGACCGCAAUAUGAUUCUGGGCAGAAGGUUUUUUGUCACUCCAUCAGACUCCGUUGCUAUAAUAGCUGCAAAUGCGGUCCAAGCAAUACCGUACUUUGCUGGUGGUUUAAAAGGAGUCGCAAGGAGCAUGCCCACGUCAGCUGCUCUUGAUGUCGUUGCUAAGAACCUUAACCUGAAAUUCUUUGAGGUGCCCACUGGAUGGAAAUUCUUUGGCAACUUGAUGGAUGCUGGAAUGUGCUCUGUUUGUGGUGAAGAAAGUUUUGGAACUGGCUCGGAUCACAUACGUGAGAAAGAUGGAAUAUGGGCUGUUUUGGCUUGGCUGUCCAUUCUUGCCUAUAAGAACAAAGACAAUUUGGAAGAAGACAAACUAGUCAGUGUUGAGGACAUUGUCCGCCAGCACUGGUCCACUUAUGGGCGCCACUAUUAUACUCGAUAUGACUAUGAGAAUGUUGAUGCCGGCAGCGCAAAGGAACUGAUGGCCUAUUUGGUCAAGCUGCAAUCUUCCCUUGAUGAAGUUAACGGCAUCAUAGAGGGAAUCCGCCCAGAAGUCUCUAAAGUUGUCCAUGCUGAUGAAUUCGAGUACAAAGACCCUGUUGAUGGGUCUGUUUCAAAGCACCAGGGCAUCAGAUAUAUGUUUGAAGAUGGGUCACGUCUGGUUUUCCGACUUUCUGGAACUGGUUCAGAGGGUGCUACUAUCCGUCUUUACAUAGAACAAUACGAGCAGGAUCCAUCCAAGACUGGAAGAGAUUCUCAAGAGGCACUUGCUCCACUGGUUGAGGUUGCUCUUAAGCUGUCCAAAAUGCAAGAAUACACCGGCCGAUCUGCGCCCACUGUCAUUACAUAA